CACAGAACCACAACAUCGCCUCACGGUCACAAAGCAAGAGCAGGUUUUCCUCUGUCUCCUGCAGCGUAAGAAGCGAAUGAAGAAAAUAAGAAUAGAAUGAGCAGUGUAAAUAAGGUGAAGAGGAGAAACACACAGGUGGUGGAUGUUUAAAGAGGAGAUCUACUCUGAAAUGAAGAUUCAUAAAUACACAGUCAUCAUUGUGGUUACUCUUUUCGUACUGACCAAAGGUGUGAACAUCACAGAGUGGUUUGUGAAGGAGGGUCAAACUUUUAUUUUUCAUCUACCUUAUGUGGAGUCUGACAGUCAACGCAUCAGAUCAGCUGAAUGGGAACAGAUGGACAAAGGCAAACUUCUGGCCAUCAUUUACCUGGGAAAUGCAAAUGACACAAUAAAAUUCCACAACGAAAGCAAACUUAAAUUCAUGCUGAAUGGGUCGAUCAUCAUCAGCGAUGUCACACAGGAAGACACUGGCAACUACACUUGCAAAAUCAUAUUCAACGACAACAGAAUCCAAACACACAUCAUCUCACUGAAACUAUCCCCAGAAAUCACAGCGCAGACCUCUACUAAUAACUCCACAUCAUCCGCAUCAGAUCCUCAGGAUUUCUAUAUACUGCAGAUUGUGCUUUCAGUACUGGGAGGUUUGAUUCUGCUUGCAGGUCUGAUAGUUAUAGUUUUCAAGUGCAAAAUGAGGUACAGAAGUUUCACUCAGGAACCUAUUUACAUGAACAGUAACACGAUCCACACACACAGAAGAAGCCCGAACACACUUAAAAAACAAGGUCACGCAUCACAAAGGCAAAUUAAAACAUGAAAUGAGAUCAUCACCUUUUUUUCACAACUUCGAACCCCAGCAGUGCAAGACCUGACCUGAAACAGAAGUGUGUGUGUGUGUGUGGUUUUGCAGAGGGUUAUUUUUAAGGGUCUGUUCCGUCUUUUGCAGUUGCCAGGAAACCUGUUGCAUGUAUGCUGGGCAAGGAACAUGCAGCUCUGAUUCUGAUGUGUUUUAGACUUUCAUUUUCCACCUUUUCAAACGGCAAACUUAAAAACCUGCUUUUGUCUGAAACGUCCCGAUUGUAUGAAAAAUGUGAAUUGUUCAGUCUAAACUCAACAUUAUAAGCCCUUGAGGUAUUAUUCAAUGUCCCUCUGCAAUAACAGUUAAAGGUUUUUAUAAAGAACUGUACAAGGGGUUUUCCAAACUCACUGUUUUCUUUAACAAUGGAGUGUGUUCAUGUCAGAAAGGGUUCCAAGUCGAUCCCUUUUUGGGAUGCUAGUAAUUAUUUGUUGAACCCUUAAAGAACUUUUGAGGAAAUCAUUAUUAAGUGAUAUCUACGUAUUUGUUGCACAAAAUUCCGUUUAGUCAAAAUUCCGUUUAGUCAUUUUUUUUUUCAUUACCAAAAAAUUCCUAGAAUGACUUUCUUGAAAGCUUGGAAACCUUUACUAUAUAAUGAACCCCUGAAGCCUUAAAAAAAGAUAAAUGUAUAUUGAAACCCUGGUUAUGUACAUUUAAGUAGAUAAUAAUGAGCAAUAUUUUGAGUUUGUACCUCAAACUUAGCAAUGCAACAAGCACAGGAUUCUUCAAGGGUUCUUCAUUGGUUUAUUAGAUUUAUUACAAUUUGUAUUCAAUCUAAUUUAUUAGAUUGAAUACAAAGACUGUGAAUUCUUUUUUCAUUCAAACUCAAACAUCAUUGAGUUUGAAAGGUGAAAACUUUGUAGAGUUAAAGAUUGUUGUCCUGGUUCUGUUCUCACACUAUUAAAGCUGAUGAUGUCAAAGGUGUUAAAAAGUGACUAAUUUGUUGUUGGAUAGUUGGGUAUCUACUUGCAGGUGAGAGUACCUCGAGUAUUCACACUCUCAUAUUGUGGUUGUCUUCAUGUCCGAUCGUUGCUCUUUCACUUGCGUGGGUUUAGAACUGCAUUAACUGAUUGACACGCGUUAGACAGGUCAAGACUUGGCGAUUGAAAUCCAGAGCUUAAUUUCAAUUCAUAUGAUAAUGAAUUUCUCGGAGUCUUUAAACCUCUCCAUCUUUUCCAUUUGAAUCUGCAAUGUGAUGUCGAAUGAACGUCUUGCUAAUAUAUUGCUCAGAAUGGUAAAGCAAAUAUUAAUGACAAUAAAAAGGAUCUGCAUGGAAGAGUCAUUUAAAAUGAAGCCUUUCCUGUAAUCUGAUAACAAAUGGAAAUCUCUAGGGUCUGUAAUCUAAUAUACUGAUACCAGCA